AUGGAACCCAUGGACAUCGUCGGCAAGUCAAAAGAAGAUGCUUCGCUUCCUAAAGCAACAAUGACAAAAAUUAUUAAAGAGAUGUUACCCCCAGAUGUACGUGUUGCAAGAGAUGCCCAGGAUCUAUUGAUCGAGUGUUGUGUAGAAUCCAAUGAAGUCUGUAACAAAGAGGAUAAACGGACAAUUGCACCUGAGCAUGUAUUGAAGGCUCUACAGGUUCUUGGAUUCGGUGAGUACAUUGAAGAAGUUCAAGCAGCAUAUGAACAGCACAAGCUAGAGAUCAUGGACUCUAUAAAGGUUGGUAAAUGGAGCAAUGGAGCUGAGAUGACUGAGGAAGAAGCAUUAGCAGAGCAGCAAAGGAUGUUUGCAGAGGCACGUGCUAGGAUGCAUGGUGGAACCCAAUCUUCCAAGCAGCUAGAUACUGACCAGAGUUUAGAUAGCUGA